AUGUCGACUAGCGACCGCCACGCGCGCGUGCGUCGCAUGCGGACGCUGUCGGCGCUACUGGACGGAGAUCCAUACAAAGACGAUGAGCUGUCAGAGGAGUGUCGUGCACUGUUCGAGCACGUGACGAAAGUCGCGACCACGGACCUCGAGUCCAGCAGCAUCAAAAACGCUUUUUUAUGCGUUGAGUGCCAGGCCCACGAGUCUGAGCUCUUUUGCGAACAAUGUCACGACUAUUUCUGUGCACUGUGCUGCGGCGGCCAACACCGAAAGGGCAAUCGACUCAAACACACGUUCCAGCCUCGCGUUCCGACGCCAGGAGAUGCAGUAGAAGCUCGAGGCGAGACGACCGACGUGGCCAUGGACGCGACACGAAACGCCGUGGAUGACUUUAGUAACGGGAACGAGUUUGAUGGGGACACGAGUAGCAGCGAAGAGGAAGAAAUUGUCGGAAGUGGUGGACAAGACACUAUUCAUCACAGCUCUGCUGCUUUGGCAGACGGAGCUCCUGCUUCUACUGCUAUUGCUGCUGCUGACUGCUCUGAUGAGGACGAGCCUGCACCACGUCGUAACGUGUGUAAUUUGAUGGGUCACUACUUGUUAGGGUACCCGUCGUCGCUUGAUGCAGUGCACCUCACUGACGGUCAUGCUACCGCUGCAAGUGAUCUGGCUGCUGCUGAGAUGCUGGAACGAGCCAAAUACAUUCCCGUGCGGCUCACAUAUGAAGAACGUAAGCUACUGCGUGCUUUGGAGGCAGCGUUGUGUGUAAGUUCCUACACAGACAAGCUGGAUACGCCCACGUUUUUGCCGCCGGCCAAGCGUGUGCGUGCGCAGCUGCAAGAUGUGUGUGGAUUCCUGUCAGCGUUAGCUGUGGCAUCAGACUACAAGGCAGGACAGGAGGUCCUGGACGAAAAAAACUUUGCCGAGAGCGCUGAGUUCUUCCAGGGAAUAUUUGAGCUGGGUAGACGGUACAAGAUCAUGAAUCCAGAAAAAAUGCGUGGCGAGUACGGCAAGCUGAUGUACCUAUUGCAGGACGCCGUAAGUCCAGAGCUGCAGGAGCUGCUGGGGUUCUCGUGCUUGCAAAAAAUUCGCACUGUGUACGACGUGCUGGAAGCUGGUGGUGCUCUGAAGAUGUUGCGUGAUUCCCGUAUUCAGACUGCAACGAUGGUGGUUGCUCCCGAAGGCAAGUCGCGCUCUCAGAUACAGCGUCAGAUUAAGCAGAAGGAGCAGGCCAUUCGGGCUUUGAGCGACAAAUAUGAAAGUCAACGUCUCACACGUGACACUCUGCAGCAAUGUCUGUACUCGAUUGCAGAUAAUAACUACCACCUGUAUUUUGAGCGCGACCCGAUCGAUCGCAUGAUUGAGCUAUUGACGACGCACUUCAGCCCAAGCGAUGAGCAGGAAGAUACUUCUUUGGCUAUCGUGAGCGGCAAUGACGGCGCCCGGUUAUCUCAUUCGCACGCUCGCCAGUACAACUAUGUGCUUCAGUCGUUGACGCUGUGGCGCGAGAUCGCGCACGAUAUGUUCCGCCUGUGGUACCUGACUGACGAGGACUUACUUGCCGAUGGCACGCGGUACGAACUAACGGACACUGGUCAGGGUCUACACCGCAUCCAGCCUGCGACACGUGUGUCCCGUGCCAUGCAUGUCAUUCUUCAUUCUACACAGCGCGAUUUGGACUCGUGGGUAGGCUCAAGUGUUAUCCAUCUUGGAGACAAGAAUGUUCCCAACGCGCUCGUGUUCAUUGACAAGUACACACAAGUGGGGCACAUUCUGCGUCCAAUCGUCAAGGCAAUCGAUAGCAUCGAUUCGUUACAGCCGAUCCAAGGAUACGUAGACACCACGUUUGGUGGAGCUCCCAAGCUGAAACGUACAAUUCUGGCCGACUUUUUUCGCGAAGCGUUUGACGGCAGUGGUGCCGACAACUUCUUUGAGGCUGGGUCAUGCAUUGAUGGGCGACUUACGAGUGCCUGGAAUUGGUGUUCCAAUCUGCACAGAAAACCAUUCUUUCCGAUUUUCAAGAUCGCAGGCUUCGUCGGCUUUGACGGCAAGUUUGGAUAG